AUGGGCGUAAGGCACAGGAAAUAUUUGCAGGUUAAUUUGAAAGAUGUGUGGACCCUGAUGAACCAUAAGGAUAAGAACAAAAGGAUUCAGCUGCUCAAUGAUUUGGGACGGUUCAAGGGAAAGAAAAUAACACUGACGUUUAUCGACGGAAAGUCACUGACUGGUAGGCUUGCUUCAUUUGAUGAGGUUGGAAACUGUGUAUUGAAGAAAUGCGGAGAGUGGGUGUAUGGAGAAUCGGUGGUGUGCUUGGGGCGAAGCAUAGUGCUGGUGUGCAUGGGCACUCCGCAUGUUCUAUAG